AUGGGUAUGGCACAUGUAACUAGUGGUCGAGGGACAUUUACCUAUCAAGAUUUGAUAAAUUCAAAUCCACCAACAUUACCUAAAUCAUUUAUUCCAAAAAGUCUUCUUAAACGUAUGUUAAUUCGUGAAAAUGAAUUACGUUUAUCCGAUGAAUAUCAAAAACGCUAUUGUGAAGCAGAAAAAACGUCAUCAUCAUCUUGGUUAGAUGUAACUGAUGAAUUACAACGACAAAUUAUUCGUGAAUUCAAUUUAGAUGAUGAAAUAGAUGAUGCAUUAUUAUGUUUAAGAUGUGCAACACAAAUUUAUCCUGAUUUAAAACAUAUUCCACUUUAUGUUCAAUAUAAUCGAGCUAAAGAUGGUGAUUUACAAAUAGGUGAUAUUGCACCUAACGUUCCAGUUGUUCAACUUGAUGGACAAGAAAGUCAAUUAUUUGAUGGAUUAAAAUCUUCAUCAACAGUAUUAAUUGCACAUGCACAAGAUGAAUGGCCUAUUUGUAGUUCACGAUGGAGUCCAACACAAAUGCCAAUUAAAUAUAAUCAAACUCAUACAAUUGAGGAACGUUUAACAGUUGCAAAAGAUUUUAUUCGAGAUUUUAAUUUUGAAAUGUCUGUUGUAAUUGAUAAAACAGAAGAAAAUUUAUUUGAAAAAUUAUAUUCAUCAUGGCCUGUGCGAAUAUAUGUUAUUGAUAAAGAUUAUCGUUUGACAUAUAAAGCUCAACCAAAUGAAAGUAUGUUAGAAUUGAAUGAAUUAAUUGAACAUCUACAAUUAAUUAUUAAAUCAAAUGAAUAA